AUGGGGUCCUGCGCCGUCGAUGGCGCGUGCGUUUCCAGUCCCAACUACCCGGGCCAGUAUCCCGACGGUGAAGGCUGCAUAAUCCAGGUGGCGCCAUUGGAUCCGGAACGCCCGCUCGCAAUCGAUGUCGUCGACUUCUCCACGGAGUGGAGCUGGGAUCUGCUGACCGUGAAUGGUGUUGACUACUCCGGAACGAACGGGCCAGAAGGAGUCCUGCCAACCGGAAACAUCACGUGGAACGCAGACGCUUAG